UAAAGUCACAGAGAUCAAACUUUCCCCAUUCUGAUGUAUGAUGUGAACAUUAACUGAAGCUCUUGAUUUGUAUCUGCAUGAUUUUACGCAUCGUGCUGCUGCCACAUGAUUGGCUGAUUGGAUAACUGCAUAAAUGAGCUGGUGUUCCUAUUAAAGUGGAUGGUUAGUGUAUACGGUUGAAUUAAAUGCUAUGACUUUAACAAUACAGGGAUACUGUAUACAGAUUAUGGACAUAGAAGUGGUUUGAGGGAAAGGACAACCUGUGGAAAUUAUAUGUAAGUUAUUAUGUAUCAGAUCAUAUAGCAGAAUUUAAACGGUAUAGAUAUAAAUAAACUUUAGUUUCUAGUAGAACAUUUCUGAGUAGUAAUUAAGGACAGAUCAGAAAGACACUAGAGCUAGUAUACGAAUUGUGAUGGGAGACAACGCCAGUUUGUAUGAUAUUGAGCCUCUGGCUAGGCUGUAAUUGUAAAUGACAUUGCUUGAACAUGGCACUAGCAAGAAUGGCGAUGGUGGCUCAGUGGCUUUGGGCUACUGAUCAGAAGGUUGUGAGUUUGAAUCCAGUUCCUCCAAGCUACAGUGUUGAGUCAUUGAGCAUGAAAAUGAUAAUUGCAUUUUUAUAUAUGUUCCAGGAGUCUAUGAUAUGAACAUGGAAGUGGAACAGAAAAACCCAAGCAGCCACAAUGAGGAUCAAGCUGGUGACAGUGACCGAGGCAACUGGCGUAGACGCCUGAGACUCAGGAAAUCCCCAGCUGUGAAAAGUACAGUUGAAGACCAGAAAGUCGAUAAAAAAUUGACCAAGGAGACACAAAACGAACAAAACGAUCACCAAGUAGUGGAGACCGCUAUCAGCAAGCUCACAUUUACAUGCACUGAUUGCAAGGAUGGCACGAUAUUUAGUCCAGAUGGUUUGUUAAAACACUUUAAAAACUUUCAUGGAGGAAAAGGACACCCACCGUCUUUUCCUUGCGACAUGUGCAGUUUUGUUGCUUCUGACUUUACUACCCUGCAGCAGCAUUACCUGAAACACAAACACUCUAGGCUCACCAGUGAGACGUACAAUGAUAAAGGCUUGCAAACGCCAUCCCAACUCUCAAAGCAUUGUAAAACACACAACAAUCAAGGUCAAUGUGAAAAGUGCAAGUUUUCCACAAAAGAGCUCACACAUUUUGUACAUAACUCUUGUCCACACAACACUGUACCAGCUAUAGACAGUAGUGAAAAGUCAGGUGUUAAGCCCAUGAAUGGAGAACUGAAUACAAAUCUUUUGGCUGACGCUGCAGGUGAACUACAGAAAGAUGCGCUACUAGACUACAUGACUAAUGCCUGUCACCGAGGGUGGAGCAGAAAGAACAAGUGGAGAAAUAGAGAUGUUGCUCCAAAACAACCCAAACAUACUGCUCCAGACGUCUUGAUUCCAAAAUCAGAAAUUCACUGGACAUCUGCAACAUUUCUGCCUUUCUCAGCUGCAGGUUUGCUCGAUGAAAAGGGCGAUCUACUACACCCAACACGGACCUUAGAGGAGACUAAGCAGUUUCUGGAAAGGACAGUUAAGUCUGGAAAAAAAUGGCCAGUGUCUCUAAAAGGUGAAACCGAUCUCUCAUCUCCGUCCUGUCCCGGGCCCUGCCUUUCUGAGCCAAAGAUGAAGCGAUGUGUCACACCACUUCCUGAACUGAAUUCUGGGAGCGAACUUUCCGGUCUCAUGGGAAAGAACAGUAUCUCAGUUCCACCUGAUUGCACUACAAAGGUUGUUGGUUUCAAGGUGGUGGAUGGAAAAAAGCAUCUUGUUCUUAAAGUCAUUCCUUCAGCCAAGCCAGAGGUUUCUUCAGACACAGGAGAAGAUCCUGUAGGAUUAAACCAGGAUGAAGGAAACGAGAUACAAUUACACCCUCAUAUUGAGAGGCUCAGUGAUCAAAUGUGCGGUGAAUCAGACAAUGUUACCACUGCAGGUUCUGCAAUCAACGGCUAUGAUUCUACCUUAACUUCACACCAGCCCAAGAAACAAGGACUUCGCGAAGAAGAAGACCAAGAUACAAUAGGAGAUGCACCUCAGGUUGAUAACACUGAAAAUGACCGGUGUGCGUUCAGUGAAAAUCCUGAUGCAUUUGCACAACUCACUGUCUCAGGAAUAGAGGAGGUUUUUAAUGUAGUAAGUCAGAAAAAGAAUGUAAAACCAGCAUCUCCUGAGGUAAUAUUUAACUCUAAUGACACAAAUGACCUCAAUGGAGAAAAUGCAGUUGUGCCAGGGGAAGUAGGUUCUGUCAAUGAGGCAGAUAUCCAAACUCUGCAUACAAAUAUGCAGGAGAUAAGUGACACACCGAAACACGCCGACAAUCAGGAAAAAGCAGCAAAAGAUUAUAAAGAAAUGAGUUCUGGGCCUUCCACAGGUCAAGAUGAUAAGUGUUGUGUUGAAAAUCUGUCUUCAAGUACUUCAUCUGAUUUUGACAGCAUGGAAGUGGGAAUCAACUCCCAGCUCUUAACCUUGAUGUCUGUGAAAGACAGAAGCCAUGAUGUAUACAUGAAGAACAUGGAUAAAAACUCAGGGGAAGAAGCAGCUGUAAUACAGACACCUCUGGAUUACUGGAAGGAACAGAAAACGGAGAAAGUUUUAAACUACCCCACAAACAAAAAUGGAGUAGCCAUGUUUGAAUCGAAUGUUAUUGAUCCAACCGUAGCAUCCCGUCACAAAAAUACUACAGACUCUCUAUUUAUUUCCCCAAGUGAACAUGGAAGCCUGUUUUUCCAAGACAAUGGAGAUGAGAACGCAAACAGCAUAGACCCUAGAUAUGCUCAUGUCCCCCUAGAUCCGAACUGUACAAUGGAAACUGUACAGGAACCUUAUUUAGCACCGUUAGCGCUUGAAUACUCUUGCCAUAAUCGAGACCUGUAUCAGACACUUGAAGAGCUCCCUGUUACCACAGUAAGCCAUUUGCUUGAUGAUUCUGAAGUUACAUACAGAGGUAUUACCUCUCAGUCUGAACCAGGUAGCAUGGCCACCCAGCAAGUGGGUAUGCACUCACCCAAAACCAUACCAGUAGCAGCAGUGACUAAUGACAAGGCCUCUUCACAACUACCAGCAAUGACCGAACCUCCUAUCAGCAGGAGGAGACCGCGAGAACCAACCACAAAAGACUCUCAGGGACACAUCUCCAAAUCUAAAAGAAGGCUUGUUCGAAAUUCCAAAGAAAACAAGUCAUCAGCAUCUAUCCAUUACUGGGAACUGCCUGCUGCAGCAAUAGAAAGGACUCUGCGGCUCUUUCCCGUCCGUUCCUCACAGCCUGUAAAAGUACCGCGUUUCAACCAGCCCGUUGUAGUCCUCAAUCACCCGGACACGGAUAUUCCCGAAGUGGCAAACAUUAUGAGAUCAGUUCACAGACACAAAGGGGCUGUGCAAAAGGUCGUCCUUUCUCAGGGAACUCUAAAAGCCCUUUCAGAGCUUAACUGUGACACAUUCCACAAUAUACGUGCUGACAACUUGCAGUCGUCUCACUACAGAAGUGUGUGGCCUCAAGAGACAGUUAAAGAAAGGUUCAUGCUGAAACUGAAACUGAAGAGGUUAGGUGGGAAUAAGUUUAUGGUGUCAGAUCUAAGCUCUAAUGCUAACCAGAUUCAGCCAAGCUUCAGGUGCUGGUUUUGUGGUCGUAACUUUAGGAACCAGGAGGUGUGGGUAGGUCAUGGUCAGAGGCAUAUUAUGGAGGCUACACGCGACUGGAACAAGUUAUUCAACAAUGAAGGGCAGGGUUAUGGCGUCGAUCAACAAUCCUUCUAUUGAGCUUGUGUGAUUCAUAAGCAUUAUUUCAUGGAAGCCAUUUUUUGUGCAUUGAUUGUUCUAGAAGAUUUUGAGUAGGCUGGAACAAGGUUUAAACGUGCAAAGCUCAGGGUUUGCAAAACGGGUCAUGUAAUGUGUAUUUCCGGAUCGAGCGCGUCACUCUUAGUAGUGUUAGGUUGAUAAACCAUCUCAGGGACAGUAGGCCAACAGAAACAGAAUAAUUUAUUUAUUCUUUCUGCUUUGGUGUCAGCGUACAUUAUUGUAAAAGCAAUACGCAUUAUUUAUAUAAAGAUUUCCAAAGCACUUGUUUAUAAUCUGUUUUCUGACCAAAACGAAACGACGUUGCUGUAGAAUGUAUUUAACUGAUCUGAAAACAGCACUGUAAUGUUGUAUUACUUUAUUUAUAGCUUUAAUUCCUUCCAUCUAACUGAGGACAUUGAUUUUUAUUUGUUGAAUGUGCUGAUAAAUAUAUUAAUGUGUUAUUUGACUAAAAUCCAUCUUUAUUUUUUGCAUUAAUUUCAUAUACAUUAAUUGCUUGCUGGUUUUAAGCAAGUGGGCACAUGUCUUUGCUGGUUUUUUUUUUAUUUUUUAUAAAUGAGCCUUUACAAAGACAGAAUUAUUUAUUCAUUUGGACAAACACAAAUGCAUUUGAGGUCUUUGCUAUUUGUUAUGUAACCUGAACAGAUGUACAUUUUGCUGUGAGAUCACAAUCAAAUUUGACAAAGACUCUGGAAUUGUGAUAUUUAGCGACUACAGCAUUUCUCUAUAAUGUUAUCAUUGUCUUUUAUGUCCACAUGCAAUAGCAGUUCAACUGAAUUCAGGACGCUGCAGUUAGAAAGAUUUCAUCAUUCCUGAUUUGUAGUAGCAUCAGUGUUAUCAUUGACUGAAGUCUAUUUCAACUCCAUUUGUAUAUUUCUAUUGAAGGAGUGAUCUGUGUACAUCUCUUAUUUGUGAAACCUUUUUGUUGUAUUUAUUCAUCUCUGAAAGUGUUGCAACAAGAGACAAAUUUUGUUACUUCUAAUUAUAUUAUUAAUUGACUGACUGGACCGUUUGUGAUGGAGUGGUUAUUAAUUGUAGCAUCUAAUUACCACUGGGGCAGUGGCGGCUCAUUGGUUAAAGGCUCUGGGUUACUGAUCAGAAGGUCAGGAGUUCAAGCCCCAGCACUGCCAGGCUACCACUGUCGGGCCCUUGGGCAGGGCCCUUGGGCAAGGCCCUUAACCCUCAGUUGCUCAGUUGUAUAAAUGAGAUAAAUGUAAGUUGCUCUGGAUAAGGGUGUCUGCCAAAAAUUCCAUAAAUAUUUACAUUAUAAUAUUUAAAUAAUGCAAUCACUUCAGCUUGCAUUCCACGGUCCAGCCCAAGUCAGGUCCCACUUCCAUUCAUACCUCUUUUAUAUGACACAAGCUUGUUUUUUUUCUUUAUUAUUAUUAUUAUUAUUAUUAUUAUUAUUAUUGUUAUUAUUAUUAUUAUUAUUAUUAUUAUUUUGUUUUAUUUAAAAACACUGGUAAAAUACUUGUAAAAAUGUAAAAAAAAAAACAAAAGAAAAGAAAAAUAUUCCUAAGUCAUGUACUACAUAAACAAGUGCCUU